AUGUCGAUGGGCAACACAUCGAACAAGUGGUCCGGCAAGGGUGGCUCCUCAUCUCCUGCUCUGAACUUCGACUUCGGCACCAAGGAGACCACCGCCACAUCGGCAGGUCAGUCCGUGUCCACACCAAAUGGUGCCUCGUUGUUUGCUCAGCCUACUACGAGCAGCACUACCAACUCCGCCGGCUUGAACAUUUCGACUUCGAAAGCUGCGGACACGACACUGCUCUUUGGUCGCGGCACUUUUCCCGCAUUCGGCGGUUCGAUACCAGCUCUGGCUUCUCGUGCGAAAGCAGAUGUGCUGCCGAGCAUCCUGCGAAAGGUGGACGAGGCUCCCGACUACGGCAACGACAUUGUCACGGUCAUCGUGGGCCCCGAUCACGACACGACCACCUUCGUCAUCCACGACGCCUUGGCUCGCUCCCACUCCGACCUCAUCGACGACCACUUCAAGUCUGGCGGGGCUGAAACCAAAGACCGCGUCGUUUGCUUGCCUGAGCACGAGGCAGAACACUUCCGCAUCUUCCACAAUUUCAUCUACGGUCGCCACAUCUACAGCGGCAAGAUCGGCGACUUCGACAAGGACGAGGUCGAGGAGGACAAGGAGUGGGGUCGGCUGGCCAAAGCGUAUGCUCUGGGCGACCACCUUAAAGCACCUGCGUUCAAAGAUGCUGUGACGGAUGCUGUCAUCGAGAAGGCUCUCCACCCUGGCCCGCUGGCGUGGGCAACUCCGAAGUCGAUGCAUGAGAUUAUUUAUGCACAUAGCAAAGCUGGCGCCGGCCUUCGUCGCUUGCUCGUCGACCUCGCCGCCACUCGCUGGACUGUGGAGACUCUCGAAGCUCAGAAGAAGUCCGUCGACUGGGCCGACUUCUUCUUCGACCUGUCUAUGACGAUGCGAAAGCUCAAGUCCGGCAAGUCGCAGGUGGCGCUCGACAAGUGCCAGGAGAUGGGAUCAACGUGUGUCUAUCAUGAUCAUGGCGAAGCUGGGGACGUCGGGGUUGUGAACUGCUACAAGGUGAAGUACAGUAUCUAG